AUGCGGAACCGCGAAGGCGAGGGUGUGUCAGAAUGGUUCACGGGGAGGUCGGUCUUUGUGACCGGGGGUACGGGCUUCAUGGGGAAGGUCUUGGUCGAGAAGCUCCUCUGGUCUUGUCCAGGCGUCAAGAACAUCUUUCUCCUCAUGAGGCCCAAGAGGGGCCAGGAUGUCUCCGCCAGGCUCGCGGACCUCCUCAACGCUCCGCUUUUUAAUCGAGUGAGAGAAGAGAGGCCAAGUGAUUUAGAAAAAAUAGUUCCCAUCAAUGGAGACAUCACACUUCCAGAGCUUGGAAUCAGCCCAGCAGACCAGCAACGCCUAGCACAAUGUGUUUCUGUCGUCUUCCAUUCAGCAGCCACGGUGAAGUUCGACGAAGCGCUCAAGUUAUCAGUCACCAUCAACAUACUUGGAACGAAAAGGCUUGUGCAUUUAUGUCACUCAAUGAUAAACCUUGAGGCGUUGAUACAUGUUAGUACUGCUUAUUGUAACUGUGAUCGAUAUGAAGUGAAGGAAGAGAUAUACCCACCACCUUAUGAUCCGGAACAUAUUAUACAAGCUAUGGAAUGGAUGGAUGAUGAACUUAUUCAAACACUAACACCAAAAUUAAUAGGAAAUCGACCGAAUACUUAUACUUUUACCAAGGCCUUAACUGAGCAUAUGCUACUAAAAGAAAGUGGAAACCUACCUGUAGCUAUUGUCAGACCAUCAAUUGUGAUUUCAUCAUUUCGUGAACCAAUGGCUGGUUGGGUAGACAACUGGAAUGGCCCUACGGGCAUAAUAGCUGCAGCUGGAAAAGGAUUUUUUCGAACAAUGCUCUGUCAUGAAAACAAAGCUGCUGAUUUGGUACCAGUUGAUAUUGUCAUUAACUUAAUGAUCUGUGCUGCUUGGAAAACAGCAACUACAAGGCCUAGUGGAAUAAUGGUUUAUAACUGCUGCACUGGUCAAAAAGCUCCGAUAACUUGGAAGAAGUUCGUUCAGCAAUGUUUUGAAUCGAUGAGGAAGCAUCCGCUCGGCGAUCUCAUGUGGUAUCCAGAUGGAAAGGCUCGUUCCUCUCGGCUGAUUAAUGCUCUCAACAAAUAUGCUCUCCAUUAUGUUCCUGCUUAUUUAUUAGAUGCAGUAUCCUGGGCGGUCGGAAGAAAGCCUAUAAUGGUUUCAGUGCAAAAAAAGCUUGAUAAAGCAGUGUCAUGUUUAAUAUAUUUCUCGACUCGUGAAUGGAAAUUUUUGGAUGACAACGUACUCGCUCUUAAUUCUUCUUUAUCGCAGGCAGAUAAAGAAGUUUUUCCCUUUGAUGUACGUCAGAUUAAAUGGCCAUUAUACAUAGAGGAUUAUGUUCUUGGCAUCCGGCAAUUCAUAUUUAAGGAAUCUCCUUCAAGUAUUCCGAAAGCUCGAAAGCAGCUAACAAAGUUUUAUAUCUUACAUCGAACCUGUCAACUGCUGAUGAUGUUGUUAUUAUGGAGGUUGGUUAUGAUGAGGUUUAACGGCAUCGCUAAGAAGUAUUUUUUCCAGUUUCUGGAUAUUGUACUUCGCUUAACACGGCUCAUACCUGGUCUCUAA